CAAAACGAAAAACAAGCAUCACACGAAUACAUCAUUCUCGUCAAUCCAGAAGUCAUAUGCCCAUACACGCGCGAAAAACGCGCGGAGCCUUCGAGGAAAUCGAAAUGGUCGAGUUGAGUGGUAGCGGACAAGUUAGUUCGGCGGCCAUGGGUGUUACGGGACUCGGUUCGGUGGUUUCCGCAGCGGCCUCAUCUUCCUCGUCGUCAACAACUACGACAACCACCGGUGGUGGUUCGUCGUCUACUUCCGGUCGUGCUGGUGUACUCGAGACACAGGUGCGUGGUCAAUGGUAUCGCGUAUUCGUCUCACUCGAAGAUGAUUACUUGAGUAUAUCACUUGACGAGAGUUGCGAUACUGUUAACACCGUUCUCAACAAUGGUAACAUCAAUAACAACAACGUCGACAGUUUAAACGAUCCCGACGUACCGGAUUCCGUCGCGAAUCAAAAGCGCAUCGUACGCGUCGUUAAAAGUGAUAACAACGGACUAGGUAUUUCAAUAAAAGGCGGUAAAGAAAAUAAAAUGCCAAUAUUGAUAUCGAAGAUAUUUAAAGGCAUGGCUGCCGAUGCUACUGAGCAAUUAUACGUGGGCGAUGCCAUACUUGCUGUUAAUGGUGAAGAUUUACGCGAAGCUACCCACGACGAAGCUGUUAAGGCACUCAAAAGGGCUGGAAAGGUCGUCGAACUUGAAGGUAAGCGAGAAAUAAAUAAGGAAAAAAAAAAAAAAAUCACGAACGUUUCCCUUUCGCGGAACGAUGAUGAACGAAGUUAUUCGAGCGAUAAGGUAAGGAGCGUGCCGCCGCCAGGUGAACCCUCUUAUCUUAAUUACUUAAUGAUCAUUAAAGCGGCGCCUGUCACGCGAAACGUAAGAGAAGUGAGCGCGAACGAUCUAAACGCACCGGUUUUACUCUCCUAUGUAUUAUUUACGUACCUAUAUAAAUACAUACGGAAAUAAUAUGUAUACAUAUAUGCACAUUACAUAUGUAUG